AUGAACCUCACCGUGACCGUUCCCAACUCCACCAGAUCCCCCAGUGCUGGUACAACCCUUCCUUGUCUCUCCCGGCAGGCUGACCUCCUCCUCCUCUCCAGCAGCGAACCCCAUGGGUUGUGCUACAUAGAGACGGCGGAGCUGGACGGAGAGACCAACAUGAAGGUGCGACAGGCCAUCCCCGUCACCUCGGAGCUGGGUGACACCAGCAAGCUGGCUCGGUUUGAUGGCGAGGUGAUCUGUGAACCCCCGAACAACAAACUGGACAAGUUUGGUGGGACGCUGUACUGGAAGGAGAACAAGUACCCCCUGAGCAACCAGAACAUGCUGCUGCGGGGCUGCGUCCUGCGCAACACCGAGUGGUGCUUCGGCCUCGUCAUCUUCGCAGGGCCCGACACAAAACUGAUGCAGAACAGCGGCCGGACCAAGUUCAAGCGGACGAGCAUCGAUCGGCUGAUGAACACGCUGGUGCUCUGGAUCUUUGGGUUCCUGGUGUGCAUGGGGGUGAUUCUGGCCAUCGGCAACGCCAUCUGGGAGCACGAGGUGGGCGUCUGCUUCCAGAUCUACCUGCCCUGGGACGAGGGGGUGCACAGUGCCUUCUUCUCCGGCUUCCUCUCCUUCUGGUCCUACAUCAUCAUCCUCAACACUGUGGUGCCCAUCUCGCUCUACGUGAGCGUGGAGGUGAUCCGUCUCGGGCACAGCUACUUCAUCAACUGGGACAAGAAGAUGUACUGUGCCAAGCGCCGGACGCCAGCCGAGGCCCGGACCACCACCCUCAACGAGGAGCUGGGGCAGGUGGAGUACAUCUUCUCCGACAAGACCGGCACCCUCACCCAGAACAUCAUGGUCUUCAGCAAGUGCUCCGUGAACGGGCACAGCUACGGUGACGUGCAGGAUGUGCUGGGUCACAAGGCGGAGCUGGGAGAGAGGCCGGAGCCCGUCGACUUUUCCUUCAACCCACUGGCGGACCCUCGGUUCCAGUUCUGGGACCCCGGCCUGCUGGAAGCCGUCAAGCUGGGAGACCCCCACGUACACGAGUUCUUCCGCCUGCUCUCGCUCUGCCACACCGUCAUGUCCGAGGAGAAGAGCGAAGGGGAGUUGUAUUACAAAGCUCAGUCCCCGGAUGAGGGAGCCCUGGUCACGGCUGCCAGAAACUUUGGUUUCGUGUUCCGGUCCCGCACGCCCAAGACUAUCACGGUGCACGAGUUGGGUCGAGCCAUCACCUACCAGCUGCUGGCCAUCCUGGACUUCAACAACAUCCGCAAGCGCAUGUCUGUCAUCGUCCGCAGCCCCGAGGGCAAGAUCCGCCUGUACUGCAAAGGUGCUGACACCAUCCUGCUGGAACGCCUGCACCCUGUCAACCAGGACCUGACCAACGUCACCACCGACCACCUCAACGAAUAUGCUGGUGAGGGGCUGCGGACGCUGGUGUUGGCCUACAAAGACCUGGAGGAGAGCUACUACAAGGACUGGUCAGAGCGGCUGCACCGGGCCGGCAGCGCCACCGAGGCCCGUGAGGAUCGUCUGGCUCGGCUCUAUGACGAGGUGGAGCACGAUAUGAUGCUGCUCGGAGCCACGGCCAUCGAGGACAAACUGCAGCAGGGGGUCCCUGAAACCAUCGCCAUCCUGACGCUGGCCAACAUCAAGAUCUGGGUGCUGACGGGGGACAAACAGGAAACGGCCGUGAACAUCGGCUACUCCUGCAAGAUGCUGACGGACGACAUGACGGAGGUGUUUGUGGUCACCGGCCACACUGUGCUGGAGGUGCGGGAGGAGCUGAGGAAAGCCCGGGAGAAGAUGAUGGAUGCGUCGCGCUCCGUGGGCAACGGCUUCUCCUACCAGGAGAAACUCUCCUCCUCCAAGCUCACCUCCGUGCUGGAAGCCAUCGCGGGUGAAUACGCCCUGGUCAUCAACGGACACAGCCUGGCCCACGCGCUGGAGGCUGACAUGGAGGUGGAGUUCCUGGAGACGGCGUGUGCCUGCAAGGCCGUCAUCUGCUGCCGCGUCACGCCCUUGCAGAAAGCCCAGGUGGUGGAGCUGGUGAAGAAGUACAAGAAAGCUGUGACCUUGGCCAUCGGGGACGGGGCCAACGACGUCAGCAUGAUCAAGACUGCCCACAUCGGGGUGGGCAUCAGCGGGCAGGAGGGCAUCCAGGCGGUGCUGGCCUCCGACUACUCCUUCUCCCAGUUCAAGUUCCUGCAGCGCCUGCUCCUGGUGCACGGGCGCUGGUCCUACCUACGCAUGUGCAAGUUCCUCUGCUAUUUCUUCUACAAGAACUUCGCCUUCACCAUGGUCCACUUCUGGUUUGGCUUCUUCUGCGGCUUCUCGGCGCAGACCGUGUACGACCAGUACUUCAUCACGCUGUACAACAUCGUCUACACGUCGCUGCCUGUGCUCGCCAUGGGUGUCUUUGACCAGGACGUGCCGGAGCAGCGGAGUAUGGAGUACCCCAAACUCUACGAGCCUGGGCAGCUGAACCUGCUCUUUAACAAGCGAGAGUUCUUCAUCUGCAUCGCCCAGGGCAUCUACACCUCUGUCCUCAUGUUCUUCAUCCCCUACGGCGUCUUGGCUGACGCCACCCGUGACGAUGGUGCCCAGCUGGCCGACUACCAGUCCUUCGCCGUCACCGUCGCCACCUCCCUCGUCAUCGUGGUCAGCGUGCAGAUCGGGCUGGACACGGGUUUCUGGACGGCCAUCAACCACUUCUUCAUCUGGGGCAGCCUGGCCGCCUACUUCGCCAUCCUCUUCACCAUGCACAGCGACGGCCUCUUCCAGAUGUUCCCCAACCAGUUCCGCUUCGUGGGUAACGCUCAGAACACGCUGGCCCAGCCCACGGUCUGGCUGACCAUCGCCCUCACCACUGUGGUCUGUAUCGUGCCCGUCGUGGCCUUCCGCUUCCUCAAACUGGACCUGAAACCUGAACUUUCGGACACAGUGCGCUACACUCAGCUGGUACGGAAGAAACAGAAAACCCAGCACCGGUGCAUGCGACGCGUGGGGCGCGCGGGCUCGCGCCGCUCCGAGCCCCGCGGGGCCCGAAGGGACCGGUAUGGCCAAGCGUGA